GGCCGGGUAUAAAAGAAGGAGGAGCGUGCUGAGGAAACUUAUUCCAAACAAGAUGAAGAUUGUAAUCUGUUUCGUAGUUGCCCUUACCGGGGUGCUCAGUAUUGAUGUCAAGUCUCUACUAGAUACAACCUACACUGAUGGAGCUGGAAAGAAUGUGACCCUGGCUGAUUUGUCCGGUAAAUACAUCGGACUUUAUUUCUCCGCUUCCUGGUGUGGUGGAUGUAGAAAAUACACUCCCAUGCUGGCUAAACUCUACAACAAGAUCCACGAGGACAAGAACUGGGAGGUAAUCUGGGUGUCACAUGAUCACAACGAGCCUGAUGCUGACAAGUACUUCAAGGAGAUGCCCUGGAUAAGACUGCCAUGGAAUCAGAUAGAUACACGAGGAAAGAGCAUGUUCAAGUUGACGAAACAGAAGUUCAUUCCUACCAUCACCAUGAUAGAUCCUACCUUCAAGGUUAUCAACCCUGAGGCCUCUGAGGACAUUGAGUACGAACCAGACCAGUUCCCGUGGUCACGUGUCUAACUUAUAUCCACGAAAAUAAUGCUUUCUGUUUAUGUUUUUUGAAUUUUAUGGAGA